AUGGCGUGGACAGAACAAGAAACCCUUCUUUUGAUUGAUCUUUGGGGGGAAGAGAGUGUACAAGUUCAAAUUGAAGGUUGUGCGCGCAAUAAAGAAGUGUACGCAAAGCUUGCAGCGCGUAUGCAGGAAGAAGGAUACAACCGGUCAGGCACGCAGUGUCGAGAGAAGAUCAAAAAAUUGAAGACCGACUAUAGAAAAGUAAAGGACAACAACAAUGAGAGUGGGAGAGCACGCCGCUCAAGUAGGAUUUUUGAGGCAAUGGACGCCAUUUUAGGUCAUAAGCCAGCGACUUGCCCGCCUAUUGUGCUUGAGAGUACGAAUAAUCCUGCGCAUACCGACGUUACAGCUGUAGACAGCGAUGCAAGUGGCAGUCAAGGUAUUGAGCUCGAUGACUACGAUGAUGAAAGCUGUGUGGGAGAACUUGCCCUCAGUAAUUGUUCCUCAACAGGGACUACAAGUAGAUCUACCCCAACAAGCUCAGUAUGUCCGUCUUCUCCUGUUGCCAAUACACCCACAGCUGCAAAGCAAAAGAGAAACGGAACGAAGAGAGCACGGGAGGGGCAAGGCAAGACUAGAGAUAGAAUGAAAGACAUGAUGCAGACAAUAAUGGCUGGCAUGAAAGAAAUUAGAGAGGCAGACUCAGUACUUCUAAUCGAUUUAGAAGAGAAACGACUGAAGCUUGAGGAUGCAAGAUUGAGAGAAGAAAGAGAGUAUGCCGAGAGAAAAAGAAGGGAGGGAAGACAGUACGAAGAGAGAAGAAGAAGGGAAGAAAGGGAGUUUCAGCUGCAAAUGAUGCAGAUGAUGGUAGGGUUUGGAAACCAACCAUCAGGUCAAUUCACCCAACACUCAGGCCAGUUCACUCAACCCUGGGGCUUUUCCAAUUUGCUGGAAGACAGUGGUCCUUACAGGCCUUCCCAACAAGAAUAG